AUGCUUCGUCGAUUCGUGACGCUGCUGUCCGCCGCGGCGCUGUCCGCCGUGUCGGCCGCCCCGCUGCCGGGCAUGACCUUCAAGCAGCCGUACGAGGUGGUGGACUCGGACGGUCGCCGCCAGAUCGCGGACGGCGUCCUGUACGGCGGCAACACGGAGGUGAAGAAGAACUUCAUCCGCCUGACGCCCGACCGCCAGAGCAAGCGCGGCCACAUCUGGACCAAGAGCAGCGUGGACAGGGACGAGCUGGCCACGGUCAUCACCUACCGCAUCCACGGCCAGGGCAAGAAGUGGUUCGGCGAUGGCAUCGGCCUCUGGUUCACGCACGAGCCGCAGUGGAAGAACGGCGACAACCACGGCUUCACGGACAAGUACGUUGGCUUCGGCAUCGUGCUGGACACGUUCCACAACGUGGAGCACCGCGGCGGUCACAAGGACGUGACGAUCCAGGUGAACGACGGCACCAAGCGCCUGGACGACCUCAACGAUGAGAACAAGAUCGGCUGCGACGCCGCCUUCCGCUACCACGCGAACAGCGCCAAUUUCGACCCCGUGUACAGCUCGUCUCGCAUCCGCGUCAAGAUCAAGGGCACCGCGCUCGAGGUGGACGUGGACCCGAACAACGCUGGCACCUGGACCGAGUGCUACCGCGGCAACCUGCCGUUCCAGAGCGACUGGCUCCGUCGCGCGACCUUCGGUAUCUCGGCGUCGACAGGCGCGCUGGCCGACAACCACGACAUUCUGCGUGUGCAGUCGUUCGACCAGAUCAACGACGCCGGCCUGGGCACGGUGGACGCCGAGACGUGGUCGCACAACUACUCGAAGGACUUCGUGUCGCUCAUGGAGAGCGACGUGUGCGACCAGUCGUGCAAGGUGACGAUCCUGGAGAAGUACGUGACCAACUUCCAGGUUGAGACGGAGCACUGGUUCGAGAUGCUCCGCGAGCAGACCGAGAACACCAUCAACAAGCUCAAGGAGAAGGAGCGCCAGAACCAGCGCAAGAUUCAGGCGCUGACGGACCGCAUGGCGGAAAUGGUUGAGUCGUCCCUGAAAAAAAAGAAGAAGGUGCUGGACGAGGAAGUCAAUGAGAAAAUCACCAAGCAGUUGGAGGUAAACCCGGACCUUGUUGGUGGCGGCUGGAAAACGCCGUUUGCACUGUUGCUCAUCGGACUGGCGGCGGGUGCGGCCUACGUGUACCGCAAGUACCAGGCCCUAAUGAAGACCCACAUGUUAUAGGCAUCUAUUGCAUGUGCAUGUUGGUGCAUCUGGACAGCGCUGCUAGUUAAUGGUAGUACUGGUAGAGUUAAGGGGAUACAUCAAGGGUAGCUGAAGCUGGUGGAUGGCCAGACCUUGGCAUUUUUUCGAAGGGCUGACGGCAGCCUUCUGCUGGGUUUGGAAUGCAAGGUUGUGGAUUACAACGUCAAGAUCUGGAUUCCAUUACGAGGACUACAUCCACGAACAAAUCAAGUUGAAGUGAAGG